CAGAAAAAGAAAAACAAGGCUAGUAAAAGGAUGAGACGUGUCGCUGUGCUGGAUGAAGAUGUUUGAAUCCUGGCUGGUUUGAAAGCGCUUUCUUUCCCCAUCUUUUCCUUUAUCUCUUCUGACGGCGUUUGGAAAUUAAAAUAGUGAUCAAUAAUGUUCACGUUCGCUGCUUUCUGUUACAUGCUUUCUCUGGUCCUUUGUGCAUCUCUCAUCUUCUUCGCCAUCUGGCAUAUUACAGCCUUUGAUGAGCUCCAUGCAGACUUCAGAGUGCCGAUUGAUCAGGGCAAUCCGUUCCAUGCACGUGAAAGACUUCGGAACAUUGAGAGAAUAUGCUGUCUGCUCCGAAAGCUGGUGCUUCCAGAGUAUUCAAUCCAUGGUCUCUUCUGUAUCAUGUUCAUGUGUGCACAAGAGUGGCUAACUGUGGGCCUGAACAUCCCGCUGCUUUUCUACAACACAUGGAGGUACUUCCACAGUCCCACAGACACCAAGGAGCUGCUUUAUGACCCUGCAAGUGUCAUGAAUGAUGAUACGCUCAAGUUUUGUCAGAAAGAGGCUUGGUGCAAGAUGUCUUUCUUCGUGCUUUCCUUCUUCUAUUAUCUCUACUGUUUGAUCUACAAUUUGGUGACCUCAUAACAGAGUUCUUGACACAGAAGAAAAUACUGGGAUAUCAGAGACUGUUUUCUCAAACAUGUAGCAUUUGUCUAAUCACUGGAUAUAACCAUCAGAUUCUGCCUACUGAAGCACCUGG